AUUAAACUAUAUUAAAAUAUGGGAGGCUGCUGAGCAAAUGGAGCUGUCAAAAUUAACCAUAAUUCUGACCAUCCUUUAUAUGAUAAGACACCAUCAAGGAAUGGGAAAUACUCAAACAAUGGGAAUAAGGUUCUACCAUCCCCAAAUGGCUAUGACAUUAUCCAAGAAAAAUCUUUAAAGAAAAGAUCCUCGAUAUGAAUGGAAGAUGCUAUCAUGAUUGCUUAUGAAUACCUCCAGCCCAAUUCAAAUAAGAGUGCAAAGACAAAGUCAAGAAUAAUGUCAAUGAAGCCUUCACAAGGAGUUUUGUGUGUACUAGAUAAGAUAUUUGAUUACCUCGAUAUCGAGGAAAUCGAGGCAGUCUCUACAGGUUGCAAAUUAUUCCUUUAUGUGGCCACCCUGGACAGUAUUAUGCUGAAAUACAAACAUAUUCCAACCUUCAGCAGUAAGAAAGUACUGCAGAUAGUGGAAGAUCAUUUCCUUGAUAAUCAGAGAACCAGGAAAGGAUCUGAAGACGUAGAUCAGACUUUGUCAAGUGUACAUUGCUUGAACACCAAAGGGAUAAUGGAAAAGAGCAAAGGCAAUGAUAGAGCAUCUAAGUUUAAUAAAAACAAGACACCUGAGUCCUUGACAUCUCUUGUACCAGAGAAAGAGUCUAAGAGAGAGAGCAAGUCAACUCGUUCUUUUAAUUCUCCUUGGACGACUAAUUCUAAGAACGUUCAUCGAUUCGAGAAGUCUCCUCCCAUAGGAGAUAAGGGGUCUAACAAUAAAAACAAAUCAAUUAUUCAGCAGAUGAUGUACAUGAAGAACGUGAUGGAAGCACAGAAAGAAAAAACUAAAGAUUCCUUCAUGAACACAGUUGUGUUCUCAGAUGGCAUGGGCGAAGUCUACACAGAUGCAGAUCAUCUAAACAAUUGUUUGAAAUCUCUUAGUAGCGAAGAGUUUAAUAAAGUGGCUGAUAUGAAUAACCCCAACAAUAUGUCUAACUUGCAGAGCCCAGCUUGAACCCCACCUCUAGGGAGUGUGCAAACGAGAAGGAACUCCCCUGCAGUCCCACUCGAUGCUUGGAUAGUCUCAAAAUUAAUUGGAGAUGAAAAAUCAAAUUUGAGGAGAUUGACUAAAAAGUCCUUUAUUGGAAGAGAGAAGAUUUCCAUCCCACAAAUAAAUCCCAAUAGGCCAAGCAUGUUUCAUCCUUAUCAACUUGGCUGAAUAAAGGAGUCUCUGAACGAAUCAAACGACAGGAAAUAACACCACUUCCUCGGUAUCCAAACAAGAGAAAAACAUAUGCGACCUAUCCGAGAAAUUCAGCUUAGAAUCCGACACUUCAGUAAAGAUUACCUUCCAGAUGAGUUCAAAGAACAUCGGUAGAGAAGUCCCAAAAAUCAUCUAAAUACCUACACUCAUAUUUAUUCCAGUUAUUCACCAACCACAUAAC